UUUGAAGGAAGUAAACACAGGAAGUGCAGUCGACCGGCGCGUGGGCGGAGCCGCGUGGGACGUCAGGUGCCAGCAGCGCUUUGCUUUUGGUCGCUUUCGUUUUCCCCACUUGUCAAGACGGAAAACAAGUUUCACGUGACGCGAGUUUGUCGAAACACUGGACACCACCUAAACUUGCAGAAUCGUUGUGUAUUUCUUUUUAUUGGGGCUUCCUCUGUGGAAAAAGUGUGUUUUGAUGCGUUUUAAUGUAAUAUAUCAGGUAAUCUGAAGUUAAAAGAGUUACAUUACAACUCUAACUUUAUAAUAGCCACCAAGGACACAGUAAAAGUAUAAAUUAGCUUCCACGUACGUGCACAUUUCAUCAUUAGUGUCCUAAUGAUUUUUUUGUUGUGCCACAUGAGAUUCCGAACUGGUACCUGUCGGCCGCCGUAGACAGAACCCACGCGCAUGCGCGCCUCCAGCUUCUUCCAGCCCAGCAAUGGCGGCCUCCUAUACGGUAUGCAGGUUACAGACGAGGGGACGGGGCAGCGUGGCGAAGUGUCUACGGAGGGUCGACACGUUCCUCCACAGAGGCAUUGGAACAAAAGUUGUCGCUGCGCAAACCGAGGCGGCUGUGAAACACGACAGUGUUGAGAAGAACGAUGGACGCAAGUCAUUGUAUGCUGUCCAGGCGGAGAGACAAGAACAAGCAGAGAGAUCCGUUCUCAUCAGCUGCUACUCCAGAAUCAAACAUAAUAUGUUCCUCAAGUAUUUAUCAAGACAUGGCGAUAUCAAGAAACACUUCUUCUAUGAAAACAAUGGCGUGUAUGCUGUAGUGGAGUUUGCCCGCCAGGAGAGUGUUGCCUCUUUGCUUGAAGGGGCCUCCAUCCCCAGGGUCAGCCAAGAGUCCGUGGUGCCAUUUAAGUCGAGAUUGCUGUCACUGAGGAACUUGGACUCAGGGGAAUCAUCAAAUCGGCCGUCAAGCCAACGGGCCCAACCGCAAACCGCCCCUACCAUCAAUGACGUCAUGCAGAGGCUGUCCAAACAGGAGAGUAUAGACCAACAGAUAACCCAACUGACUGAAGCCUAUCAGCUAACUGAGGAGAACAUCAGUCUACGUUAUCUUGUCUGCUCUCUGCUCAAAGACGUUGCUGCUGGUUAUUUCCCAGAAUGCACCAUCAAGCCGUUUGGCUCGUCGGUGAACGGCUUUGGGAAGCUGGGUUGUGACCUGGACAUGUUUCUGGACCUGGAUGGCAUCAGUGGACAGAACAUGAAAAUGCCAACACCAGGUCUGUGCCUGGAAUACCAGCUCAAGAUGGGCAACUCGGAGCGAGCCACCACCCAGAACAUCCUGUCCGUCAUCGGGGAGUGUGUGGAACACUUUGCCCCGGGCUGCGUGGGGCUGCACAAGAUUCUCAACGCCCGAUGCCCCCUGGUCCGUUUCGCCCACCAGCCCUCUGGCUUUCAGUGCGACCUCACAGCCAACAACAGGGUGGCGAUGAAGAGCACAGAGCUGCUCUACCUGUACGGGGAGCUGGACCCGCGGGUGCGCCUCCUCGUGUUCACCGUGCGCUGCUGGGCCCGAACUCACGGCGUCACCAGCAGCAUCCCCGGGGCCUGGAUCACCAACUUCUCCCUCACCGUCAUGGUGCUGUUCUUCCUGCAGAAGAGGAGCCCUCCCAUUAUACCCACACUGGACGAACUCCGAGACCUCGCAGGUCCUGCGGACAAGAGUGUGAUUGAAGGUAACGACUGCACGUUUGUCAGCGACUUCGGCAACAUCCCGCUCCACGGCAACACAGCGACACCAGGGCAGCUGCUGCGCGAAUUCUUUGAUUUCUACGCCAGUUUUCCAUUCAACAAGAUGUCCAUAUGUAUCAGAAAGGGCACAGAGCAGAACAAGCCAGAAGUGGCCCCGCUGCACAUCCAGAACCCGUUCGAAACGUCUUUGAACGUCAGCAAGAACGUCAACGCCGCCCAGCUACAACGAUUCACUGCUUUGUGUCAGGAGAGCGCCUGGUUGUCCUGCCAAAGUCAAACCAUGAUGCCAAAAAGCAAAAAGGUGUGAAAAGGCAGAAAAAUGUGGCUACUGAAAGCUACAAUCAAGCGGCCCCCCAGUGAAAACGCGGCAGCCUGUGUCCCGUGUCUCCACAUCCCUCCACAAUGGAAACAUGAGGUAAACUGUUGGCUGCCAACUUUCGUAAUGAAUGCUAUGUGUCUUCACGGUGUAUGGGAAUGCCCGGGACUUACUGUACCCACCAACAGCACCAUUGUUUCAGUGUCGGAUGCAUGGGGGUGGCUAAUUGGAGCCUGGCACGGACUCCGGCAGCCUUGGUGGUUUGCACAUUCAUCCUCUCACCGGACAGUAUAAUGGCCACAUCCAUUCAGCACCGGCCAGAUCGGGCCCCCAGUCGAGACGCUGGUGGCUGCAAUGCUGCGAUGGAAGGUGAACUGUACACACUGUACUGCUGCCACCAGAACACGGUAUCCAUAGAAACACACCCCAUCUGGAGAACGCAUGUGUGAUGCCACAUAUAUACAUGUGACACUUGGAAGUCCCUGGAGCUCUAUAGGUGCAUCAUUUAUACCACCACAUGCCCCUUUAGAUGUUUUCUUUACAAGGCCGCUUUGUGAGUGAGAGGGAGAGGAGGAAACUGAUUUGAUGUGCAGUGAAUUGACAGUUCAGUUCCUGACAAUGUAAUUAUGGUAAUGCUUUAUUGUACAGGUCUGUAAUCUCGUCAUAAUUUUGCGCAGGAAGAGUCCUAGAAUGAAGUAAUUUGUGACUUGCUACGGGGAAAGUGAAAUGUAAUAUAAAACUCCAUAUAUAA